AUGGCUGCCAGUAUUCACCCUGAGCAUCAAGACAUGGGACUAAUCUGUGAUUUGUUCCUGGAUGAACUUCCCAAAAAAAUUUACCAAGACUGUCAGGAGAAACAGGACUCCGACCCAGAAAAACCUAAAACAAAAAGAGAUCACCUCUUGAGGAAACUCUCCCCUUUGGCAGAACUAAUACUGUUCCCAUUCCAGAGUAAGCCUCAGGCCAAACGAGUAGCAAACCAGAAGGACUCCUCAGCAACCUGUGGUCAAAGAUCUUCAGAGGAGGACAGUCAACAGGAACACUCUCCCAAGGAACAACCAGGGUCAAGCCCAGACAAGAAAGGCGCUCCAGAAGAGGAGAUGUCGUCUUCCUCAGAGGAAGAGAUUGAAGAGCACAAACUGGAGGACUCAAAGGUGCUGCCCAGUAGGGGGCGCCGUCCCACACUGGAGGGGCUGUGGCAGGAACGUAGCUUAGUGAGGGAGAGAGGGAUACUCAGCCAACUCAGCAAAGAGCAGCUCCUCCUUCAAGAGAGCUUGUUUGAAGUGAUGACCACAGAGCACACAUACUUGAAGAGUUUAGAUGUGGUUGUUGGGCAUUUCCUCGAGUCCCCAGAGCUCAACCAAGUCUUAGCACCCAGAGACCGCAAGUCUCUCUUCUCGGGCAUAUCCAAGAUCCGACAGAUGAGUCAGAACUUUCUUCACGACAUGAAAGAGGAGCUGAACUCAAACCUUUUCUGUGACACCUGUGAGGUCAUCCAGAGGUAUGCCACAGGGCCUUUCGGUGCUUAUGUGGACUACAUCCGCAACAUGCCCUACCAGGAGGAGACACUACACAACCUGGAACAGAGGAGUCCCCACAUAUGUGAAAUCCUGCGAAAGCUUCAAGAGGACCCUCGCUGUAACCGGCUGUCUCUCAAGUCAUUCCUGGUUCUUCCCUUCCAGAGGAUCACACGUCUCAAGAUCCUGGUAGAGGCCAUUCUGAAGAGAACUGAGCCAGGGUCACAAGGUCAAGCAUCUGCUGAGAGAGCCCUGAAGGGUGUUUCCAAGAUAGUUGAAGCAUGCAAUAGAGAGGUUGGCAAGAUGAAGCAGAUGGAAGAGAUGGUGCACAUUGCAAACAAAACAGAAUUUGAGUACAAGGCAUUACCGCUGGUGUCUUCCUCUCGCUGGUUGCUGAAACAGGGGGAGCUUGCUCAGCUGUCCAAGAAGGAAAACAUCUUUGGCCAGAGAAAGCUCUUUCCCAUCUACCUGUUCCUCUUCAAUGACCUGCUGCUCCUGACCACAAGGAAAGGGCCAGACCGCUUUGUGGUGCGCGACCAUGCCCAUCGCUCUCUUGUAGAGGUCAGCAGUGUGGAGGAGGAUGAAGAGGGGUGCGAACUGGACAGAACAUUCCAGCUUGCCCUCCUGCAGAACCACAGAGGAGGCAUCUCUCGUCUCCUGUUGCAAGCCCCCUCACAAGCCGAGAAAGCCAGCUGGAUGGAAAUGCUGAUUCAAAGAAAAGAUGGAGAUGAGGAGAUAUAUGAGGAAUGGGACUGCCCUCAGGUCCAAUGUACAGUGGCCUACCAAGCACAGCAUCAGGGUUAUCUGAGUCUACGGCUUGGUGACAUCAUUAAUGUAAUGCAGAAGACCACCAAAGGCUUUCUGGAGGGCUGGAGGCUCAUGGAUGGAGAACGCGGAUGGUUUCCUGCAGAGUGUGUUGAGGAGAUCACCAAUGAGCAUGUGCAGAGACGCCAUCAUCGUCAGCGCUACCACGUCCUGCAAGCAGCCAACCGAGUGCUGUGCCGGCGUCUGACAAAUGAUAAGACAGCGACCGCCUGUUUCCGAUAAGCCCGAUAAGACUGACCCUUAAUCGGGAGCGAGGGCUGAUUUUACUACUGGUCAUUUGGAAAAUAAUAAUAAUAAUAUAUAAUAAUAAUAACACCUGUCAUCUGCUUUAUCUGUUACCAUUGUGUGAAUAUCCAGAUGAUAAGUGUAGCAUUAACUGUAAAAUAGAUAUGCAUGACUUCGGCUCUACUGAUUAGACUCAUUGUGUGAAACCGGUGUAGUCCACCAAGCAUCCAACACCCCUGACAAUCAGACUGAGGUCUAGGUUGAAUUAUAUAUGUCAUGUUUUUUUCUGAUGUCCUGAGACCCAAAGAUGUGAUUUUUUUGGCAUCUUAAAUGCACUUUGAUAUAGCAUACAUGCUGGAAUGCAAACUUCCCAGGGUAUUUAUAGCAGUAUUUAAAGUAUAUUUUGAUUUUUUUUUAAUGUGUAUCUCAGAUACUUGCAAGAGUAAGGUGCUGGUUAUCUUCGAUGCAGUAUUUUGUCAUUGUUUAAAUAAAGUCCCAUUCUACUU